AUGACUUCUCAAGCUUUUGAAGAAGGCAGCAAAAAGAGUGGUGAUGUGAUAAGCAAGACAAGUGCCACACAGGGCCCUAAGCUGAGAAUGUGGCUUGCAAUUGCAGUUCUCAUUUCGCUGGUUUUAUGUUCGGCUGUGGAGGAAGCAACGGUUGAUGAAGGAAUACCUUGCUCAAAGUACCAGCUAGCUUUCAACCAUUCGUGCUAUGAGUUUGUUAGACUCCAGCGUACCUUCACAAGUGCGCAGAGCUGGUGUGAGAGAGGAGGAGGGCACCUUGUCUUUAUUGAAAAUGAGGAAACUCAAGAGUUCUUGCAAAAACAUAUUGCUGAGGAUCAGGAAUGGUGGAUAGGACUGAUCUCACUGAAUGAAACUACUGACGGGUCAAUGAUUUGGCUGGAUACUUCAAAUAUAAGCUACAGUAACUGGUACAAGGAUCAGCCAUCUCCCUUCUCAUCCACAUGUGGGUACAUCCUGAAGAAUGCCAAGUAUCAGUGGGGUGUGACUGAAAAUUGCAGCCAGGAAUUUGACUUCAUUUGCGAGUUUGAAUCUGGCCGAAGCAUUGCUUGUGAUAAUUACAAUGCCACUGUACAGUGUGGAUCAGGAGAAGUCAUUCAAAUUGGAGAGAGUUUCUAUGGACGGAAGACCCCUCACUACUGUGUAUUAGAGACUCCUCUCCAGUAUGAUACAGAUGAAGACUGUAGCUGGAUCAGUGUCCAGGAUGAAGUAGCAGGCCAGUGUCAUGGUCUUCAGGCCUGCCAGGUGGCAGCGGACGGCACUUUCUUUGGAGAGCCUUGUCCAGCUUCGGGAAGCUAUUUGUCUAUUCAAUACCACUGCAAGGAAGGUCUGCAGCUGGUUGUAACAGAUGCGUGCUUUGUCUUUGAAAAUAUCACGGUCACUUUGAACUGGCUGCUCUUUCCAUACUCUGGCAACCUUUCCUGUAUCAUUAGCACUGGAGAUGGCCACACUAUUGAUCCUUACUACCCUCUAACGCUGGUCAGCAGCAUCACAUACAGAUAUUCAUCUCCUGGAGAGUUUACCAUUUUUGUGGAAUGCACCACCAGCGAAUGGCAUGUGACGGCACAGAAGCGGGUGACUGUUCAAGAUAGGAUGGAUCAACUAAGCAUUACUGGGUGCUCUAGCCAGUAUGAAUCUGGGAAUAGCUCUCACUGCCGUACACUGUAUGGGGAGUUGCUGUGGAUUCAAGUUGAACUCAAUGGAGGCAAUGGAGUGACCUACAUUAUAUUAGCAGAUAACAAGACACUCACUGAAUCCAGAGCAAAGGAAGGAAUUGUCCCUCACAAUCUGACGCUCAACAGUGCCUCUCAAGAGCUGCUAGGCCCAGGGAUACAUCAGCUGGAAAUCCGAGCAUCCAGCAACACAACUGCAUUGGAGGUCUCUGAGAGUGUUGCUGUUCACUUAAUUGAGCCAGUAUCUGGUCUUCAGGCUGCAUUAGCUUCUCACACCCUGCAGCUGGGGGAGAAUUUGGAGAUUAAUGUCUCUGUGUCUCAUGGUGCCCCAGAUAAGCUGAAGUUUGUGGUGAUUGGAUCUAAUGAAACUCAAUGUCACAAAGAAGAUGGCCCUCAUGGGGAACGUCGAACAUACAUCAUUCCCGUGCACUCUGAAGGUACUUUCCUAGUGAAAGUGGUGGCCAUGAAUGCCUUCUCAAACAUGAGUCUGGAUCUUGGGUUCAUCACUGUGUUGGCAAACAGUUCUCAUAAAAAAGAUUCUGCUAAGGAAGAAGGCAGCUCCAAAACAAAUACCCAAAAGACAAACGAUCACAAAAGAAAAAACAAAAUAUAUAUUAGACCGAGUCGCCAUGUGGAUCCUUUCACAACUGUUACACUUGGCUGGCCAGUCAACAACAAUAAUUCCAGUUUUCUCUGGUCCUGUGGAGCUUGCUGGCCUGCGUGGAACGAAUGUGUGCAGCAACAGAUAAUCCUAACCAACCAACCAGAGGUGCAAAUCCCACCUUCCUGCCUUCCUCCUCCAAAGUCAGCAGUGACUGUCAGGGUUACAGUCCAAAACCACGGCAAUGAAGAGAGGCAGGAUGAACAAUGUCUCUAUGUGACGGCAAAACAAGAACUGCAACUGGAAAUCAGAUGUGAGGCAAACUGCAAGCCAGUGAAUGCUAGUGAUGAAGUUGUUUUGAGUGUCUCUGAACAGAAGGACUCCCAGGCCAUAUAUUAUAAAUGGUAUUUAGAUAACACGUUCCAAACCAAGUAUACAACCCUCCCUCUAGCCUGUGGCCUGACUGGUUUCCAGCAGAACUCUUUGAAUUUGCUUCAAAGCAACACAUCCAUGUUGAAAAUGAACAGCUCCUUCUUGCAGACACAGGGAGAAGCCUUUCAGAUUAAAGUAACAGCAAUGACUCAGCGUGGCUACGGGGAGGAAACGUACCUUGUCAGCACCGUGCCUCCGCCUGAGAUCCCCAGUUGUGCCGUGUCUCCCAAGCAGGGAUCAGUGCUCACCGCGUUCACAGUCUCCUGCAGCGCUCCUUGCUUGGCGGGCUCAUGCCAAUCCAGCCAUAACAGGCAGCUCACAUACUGCUUCUAUCUGAAAUCAAAUUCUCUCCUGCACUGUGGCCCGGAUCCUGAACUCUUCCCAGUUUAUCUUCCACUUGGAGAAAAGGAAAAUAAUUUCAUUUUACAUAUGACAAUUACUGUUAGCAACAGCUAUGGUGAUACAGUUCACACUAAUGCUUCAGUGAAGGUUGGACAUGCAGGCAUCAUUGAUGGGAACCUGACCUUGCAGGCUGUUGUAUCUGAGAAGACAAACACCAUCCUAAAAGAUGGGAACAACAGCAUGAGUCUUUUCCAGCUGUAUAAGUCAGUGACAUCAGUCCUUAAUCAGGAGACCCAAGAGGAAAAGUUUAACAUAUCUUUACAGACAGACACACGAAAAGAGCUCCGAGGGCUGAUGCUGACAACUCUCUCUGCUGUUAACGUAACAUCAGUGCAGACUGCUCUUAAGAUGUCAGAAGUAUUGAAGGAAAUCACUUACAGGAGUGAAGAGCUGUCUGUCUCAGCACAGGUGGAAGCCAGCAACACUCUAAAAGAUGUCAGUGCUUCCUUGCUCACUGUAAACACAGAGGAUGGCAGAGAUGAUCAGAAGCUAAAGGAUGCAGCCAGCUAUCUAUUUAAUGCAGUAAGCAAUGUUCUGAAAGCUUCUGUAGAAAUCAGAGCUGUGAACACUUCAGUGCCAGAGGCAGAACAGAGUUCAGUGUCACACCAGCUCCUGAAUGCUGUUGAAAAUCUACAGAGUGCCCUUCUGUUUGGGAAAGAACCAGAUGAUGAACCAACAGUCCUUACCACUCCUUCUGCCACAAUGUAUAUACACAGAUUACAAACAGAAAACAUGGACAGCACAUCCAUUAACAUCUCCAAUUCCAGCUCUGCCAGCUUUACUCUCCCACCUGCUUCCGCUCUCAGUGUUUCAGGAGCUGAUGACGAAACAGUGGAUAUAAGGAUGGUGAGCUUUGCCGUGAAUCCCUUUUUCUCCAGUGACACCAAUUUUGACAUCAGUGGAACAGUGGGAGGUCUAAGUCUUACUGGUCUGGAUGGCUUGAUCAUUCCAGUCAGCGAUCUCAAAGAGAACAUUGAGAUAAUGUUACCAAGGCUUUCAGCAACUGAGGAAGAUAAGAUUCUAUUGAAUCUGGCCAAUUUUAGCACUUUCCAAGUCAACGUUACCUCCAAAAACACAUCUAUAGUGAUCCACCUGGAAUCUGAACAUGACGUUCCGCUAAUACUCUAUGUAGGGUAUGGUUAUCGCCCAAAUGAAACUAACUACGAUAUGAAAAAUCAUCUGUUCUAUAAGAAAACUACUGGAGGUGAGACAAACACCUGGGUUCUUAGCCCAGAAGAACUCAUUUUUGGAGAGGGAACCUACUAUUUCGUGGUUUUACAAGAUAUGGGAACGGAUUCCACAGUCUAUGACAGGCUAACUAUAGCUGUUACUUGCUUUGCAUCCCGCUGCGUAUUUUGGGAUGAGCACCAGGGGAACUGGAACAGCUAUGGAUGUCAUGUAGGACCAAAAACAAAUCCUCAAAGCACACAGUGCCUCUGCAACCAUCUGACCUUCUUCGGGAGCUCCUUCUUCAUCAUACCCAAUGCCAUAGAUGUUAGCAAAACCACACAGCUAUUUGGUACAUUUGUGGACAACCCCGUGGUGGUGACAACUGUAGGAUGCAUCUUUCUGAUAUAUGUGCUUGUAGUUAUUUGGGCUCGAAGGAAAGACAUCCAGGAUGAUGCCAAAGUGAAAAUCACAGUGCUGGAAGACAAUGACCCCUUUGCUCAGUAUCGUUAUCUUGUGACGGUUUUUACGGGACACCGCCGUGGGGCAGCCACAACCUCCAAGGUGACUCUCACCCUCUAUGGACUGGAAGGAGAGAGUGAGCCACACCACCUGAGCGAUCCUGAUACACCAGUCUUUGAACGUGGAGGAGUGGAUGUUUUCCUACUCUGCACCUUCUUCCCUCUUGGGGAACUGCAGAGUAUCAGAUUGUGGCAUGAUAAUUCAGGUGACAGUCCAUCCUGGUAUGUGAAUCGAGUAUUGGUCCACGAUCUGGCAUGGGAUCAGAAAUGGUACUUCCUCUGUAACUCUUGGCUAGCCAUUGACAUUGGAGAAUGUGUCCUAGAUAAAGUGUUCCCAGUAGCUACAGAACAGGACAUGAAGCAGUUCAGCAAUCUGUUUUUCAUGAAGACCUCCAAGGGUUUCCAGGACGGGCACAUCUGGUACUCAGUUUUCAGCCGCUCCCCACGAAGCUCCUUCACACGAGCCCAGCGCGUGUCAUGUUGCUUCUCACUGCUUCUCUGCACCAUGCUGACCAGCAUCAUGUUCUGGGGAGUGCCAAAGGAUCCAGCUGAGCAGAAAAUGGACUUGGGUAAGAUCGAGUUCACAUGGCAGGAAGUGAUGAUUGGCUUUGAGAGCUCGCUCCUCAUGUUCCCCAUCAACCUGCUCAUUGUGCAGAUCUUCAGGAACAUACGAUCCCGGCCAGCCACGCAGGGGAGAGAGAAGAAGCCAGGAAAGAAUGGUCGAGUGUCUCCAAGCCUACCUCCCACCCCCCCGGUCACCCAGGCUGUCUCACUCACUCCAGAGGCUGUGACAAAGGACAUAAGAAGAAUUGCCAACUCACUCUUUAGAGCCCUGAAGACUCCAUCUCCCACUUCAGCAGCAGAUCUUGGAAAAUCAACUAACAUCAACACACUUUUGGCAUUGGUUGAGGACAUCAUCUGCCAGCAGAACAGAGCUGGGCAAGAGUUUUAUGAUGAGAGCAAAAAGGAUGACCCUGUAAUUGUCACAUUAGGUGCUGUGGAUAUACAAGAAAAAACAAGAAGCCCAACUCCAGAGAAGGGAAUGUGUGAGCGACCAAAAUACAGUGAUUACAAUCGCUGCUUGUACAUGCAACUCCACCAUGUAGGAAUGGAGCUGGAAUUACUGGGGCCCCAUAAAUUUCAGAUGCCUCAGAGUUACACACAAGCUGUUCGUCAGGUUCAUCACAUGAAGAACCUUCUGGAGAAGCAGAUCUGCUCAUCAGCGUCCACCAGUGAGAGGUGGUCCCUUACUCCAAGCUUCUCCAGCGAUGGCAAGAAAAGUUCUUCCAAAGGGCUGCCCUGGUGGUUUGUCUUCAUUGCUUGGUUCCUUGUUGCAGCCACCAGUGGUGUAUCUGGGUUCUUCACCAUGCUCUACGGGCUGCAUUAUGGCAAGGAGAACUCCAUCAAGUGGCUGAUCUCCAUGGCCAUCUCCUUCUUGGAAAGUCUUUUCAUCACACAGCCCUUAAAGGUGCUGGGAUUUGCUGCUUUUUUUGCUCUGGUUCUGAAGAAGGUGGAACAUGAGGAUGAAGAAAACACAGCUAUUGAUGGGCCUUUAUCUGCACCAG